AUGAACACUUCUUCUCCAUCCUUUCGCAGGGCCGGGACGACUCGUUCCUCACCCGGCAUUCAGAACCCACGCGUUGGUGAGCCGCGAUAUCACCAAACUAUGUCAUUUGGGAAUCAAGCUAGCGAGGCUCUCACACGCGGCAAUUCUGUUGCUGUCCUCAACACUGCACCGCAGACGGAAAUGGCAAUGGCGUACUGUUCAGGCGACGGUGACAGUGUCCCUAGACAUGCACUACAGGAAAAAACGGGUCGGUUUCCUUUAAACAGCUGCAACGCUGGGACAUCCUCGGGUAACGUAUCCUGUAUUGCCACUCCGCAGAUCCACCGAUCAAAUCGACUCAACACUAAUAAAGAUUACGCAUCACUUCGGAGAGCCAGCAAAACCGCGAGCAGGUCAAUCCAACUCUCACAGUCACCCAGCGUUAAUUCCGCAUCUACUGAGGGCGAUCGCUCGGAUGCAGAGGCAAAACAGAGGGUUCCAGAGCUUUCAGGGGGUGAAAGUGCUCCCACUUCCGUCUCUGAAGCCAGAGAAAUCAACGUGCGAUCGUUGCGGCAACCACAGAAACCGCUUUCGCGAUCUUACUGUCAGGAGGGAAGAGUUUAUGGCAGAAGUUUGGACCACGAGGACGUGCGAGGCUGCCAAACACCCCAGUGUACUCCCAAGUCAUCUAAAUUGCGUUUACAAAGAACGUCUAGUAUGCAGCCGCAGCCAGAGGGGAGGGCAUCUUUCAACAGCCUUGGAAACCAACAGGAGAACACGCAGAGUGCUAACUCCGGAACCCUGAGUUUACGACGCAAAUCCUCUACAACGACCGGCAACGAACGUUCAACUAAAUCGUCUGCGGUUGACGGUUCGAGGAACUCUGUUGUUUUGGGCAAGAGUACCAGCGGUAGCAGUCUUGCAUCAAAGUCAGACAGUAGUCGAAGAACUUCGUUGGAUUCACAGAUCUCAGCAUCUUCUAGUUGCAACUCCUCCCCGUUGACACCAAGGGCUAGUUGGGGCGCCAAUGACGGUUCGACCUGCACUAUGCAAGGCCGAUUGGGCGCACAGGCAAGGUGUCCUACUAAGAACAGUCGAUUACAGUCGCGUCCGGGGGGUAGUGGGCUUAAAAUGCAGACUUCUACAUCCAUCUCCCCCGACAGGCCAGGCGAACGGACAGCUAAGAAGGCAAAUAGACCAACGAACCUCAAUGUGUUUAACUCAGCUGGUGUACAGUCUAAACGGGUCGCCCCUGGGGAAGCAAAUAUGAGUUCCAACAAUCAAAAAUUGUGGGAUCUGUCGGGUGAAUCUCAAAGGCUAACUCGUCUCAGCUCUCUUCCUGUUGACCAGGUGCCUGAUCUAAUUAUCAGAUCCGCAUUCAUCACCAGGGGACGCGAUGGUUGUUUGUUAGUCUACGGCCGGGUCAUUAAUUCUCCAACAGUUUUUGAUUCUCGGCAUGAUGAUGACUCGGCUGUAUUUUUGGCUGUCACUGGAAUCUUUGGCAGCCUGCGGCCUGCCUACGUUGCUAAUCGCUCUGCAACGAAAUCCAAGGACCCUGAGGAGGACAGUAUGACACGAGCUAAGACUAUGAGUCCCCCGCCUAAGGACAUUCAAUAUGGAAUUCUUGAACUUGAACAAAAAAAGACAGGAGCUGAUGAUUUGCGGAAGCAAAGCUGCCACAGCGCUUCCGAUUCCGGCAACUCCAGUUGUACCCUUGGCCAGAAGAGUGGGCCCACAUCACCGGAGACGCCUCACAUCCCCACGGAAAACGCU